AAUUUAAUUGCUUUGUCUACCCGCUUAUGGAUACCGAACAACAGAUCGACACAGCACUACUACCAUCCACAAGCAAUUCUUAUUCUCCGAAAUGGCCUUUUACAGUCGCAACCACGGCCAACUAUCUGCGGAUCAGCUUCGCCACUCUGACUCUGACUCUGACUCCCGCUACCACCACGCAUGGGCUGGCUCGUCCUCCUCAAGCUACUACAACGAGCCAACGACAUCAGAUCCUCGUUACCACGCCUUUGGUAGCUACUAUGCCAGCAAGUCAGCCUCAAACUGCAGCCACUCCUACAGACCAGGAGACUACAAUGAAUCUCAGCAAUCUGAAGAUCAUCAACACAUGUGGCAGUCUCAAGAACACAGUGGCGCACCACCAUCUUCUUCCUCAGUUGCCACUUCAAGUCCUCCCAACUUACAAGAUGACUCCUACGGCUGGAUGAGCCCAGCCGAUGGUAGUGGCGAUCAAAAUCUCUGCCAUUGCGGCAAGACGUUUCGACGUCCGUCUGACCUCGCAAAACACCAAAAGUACCACAUGAAGUACUUCUCAUGUCUCGCCUCAGGGUGUGACAAGUCUUUUGCUACUCAGAAAGACCUGAUCAGGCACACGCGCACACAUCGCAAAGGCGAAGGCUACCAAUGCAAGGUAGAAGGAUGUCGCAAGGCCAUGUCAGGCCAUGUGUACUCACGGAAAGACAACUUCGAUCGACAUAUGCGGACGGCACAUCCAGAUCAUCCGCAAAUCUGAGAGGCAUACAGAGACUCUCUAUUUUUCCGACAGACGCACUAUGAUGGUGUUAAACAAUAUAGAAGCUAAUUUAAGAGCUUGAAACAGUAUAGGCGUAUAUUAUUUGAGAUCAGGGGUAUAUGUUUGAGUAUAAAGGGCGAUAUUGUAUGAAUUAAGG